GUUUCUUUCGUUUGACUACGAUUGCAUUUUCCUUUUCAACCAACAUUGGCGCUUUGCACCAUGGCUGUUCGCGCACUUGCAGCGCUUUUGGGAGCUCUUCUAGCCAGAGAGGUGGUCCAGGCAAGGAGCAGUCGGGAAACCGAUUCAGUGAUUUAUUGGUCCAUUGCGCUUGAUCACCCGUCGACCGAACUGCUCUCGAGCCGUUGGCGGGGUUGCAGUGAUUUCGUGCCCGCUGAAGAGUCUGGCAUUGUAAUGAAGGAGCAGUACCACGUGACGCUGCUCUUCGUGGGUAACGCGAGCGACGCAGAGAUUGCCCGAGCGAACCCGACGAUGCUGCGCAACGCCUCCGCAGUGCAGGAGCUCCGUCGGAGGCUGCGGCGCCAUGAGGGGCAGCCGGUGCAGGUGGAGGUUUCCGACUUCGUUUGGGAGGAUGGCCACAUCGCUGCAGCCCCAGCACAGCUGGCGAACACGGAACGCGGGUUGUGCGCCAACGUGCAUCCGCACAUGACGCUUGGCAUGGCCCCAGGGGCAAUGGCGGUGGAAAGCAAUGGGCUGCUGGCAAGACGGUUUGCGGAACACCAUUUCCAUGCAGGCUUAGCAGAAUGGCUGAGACAAAUUGGAUUGGGCCAAUAUACAAAGAUCCUCUCGCUGUGGUGCCGAAAGAAUCAAGUAACAACACUGGAAGAGCUUUCUGGACGUGCUGCCAAAGCAGCGGCAGCAAUCGAGCCAGAUCCGUCUCGAAGAGCGGAGGUGGAGAAGAUUUUAAGAAGCUCCCUGGCUCGGCGGAUCAAUGAGCUGCCCACCGCGCGGCUCCAGUUGCAGGGCACCAUCGAAGCGCACCGCGCGGCAUUUGUUGUUGUUUGAGCAGCUGCAUUUGGCAUUUCUGCCGAGCAGAUGAAGCUCAAUGGAGACGAGGGAGACUAGUGGGCGUGACCCAAAUCAUGUGAGGUGAUGAAUCGUUGCUAGGGAAAGCUGAUGUUUCGUCCACGACGGGAUCGAGUUUAGGAAGUUUUGACGCACUCCCGGCUGCACUUGGACAGAGUCAUUGCACGUGGGCGUCAAAGUGGUGAA